AUAGUCCACAUACUGCAUUCAAAAUGGCGGAAGAAGAGACGCUUUUGCGACAAAGAUAUUCACACGAUACGGAUCCAGAUUGGGAUCCUAAUCUACCCUAUGGUGGAAAAGUUUACUUGGCUAGGAGGAAGAAACCUGAUCCAAUAUGGGUAAAAAUUGUCGAGGCUGUAGCUUUGAUAGGAACCAUUGUAUUCGCCAUAUACGCUUAUUAUUACUUUGAUCACUUGCACUUUCAUGUUACUCAUGGGUAUGCGCACCUCGGCUAUUCAGCGGCUCAACACCAAGUCGGUCAAAGAUACUUACAUGGAAAGGGAGUUGAAAAGAAUCCUCACAAGGCUAUGGAAUGGUUUGAGAAAUCCGCUAAGCAAGGUCACCCACAUGCAGCUUACAAUGUAGCUGUUGGACAUUUACAAGGCAUAAGAAGAGAUUUAUUGAAACCAGGGGAAGCCCACGAAUAUAUUAAACAUGCUGCAAGGAAUGGGGUUAACGAAGCUAAUCGAGCUUUAACCGACGUUUGCGAAAGAGGCGGAUGUGAAAAUUGA